AUGUUUCCGUUGCCGGCCCUCUCUUUUCUCUCUCUCUCUUUCCUUCCCACCACAUCUAAGAAGCCCAAGUUCAUACACCAACCCAAACCAAACAACCACUACUAUCAUGUGAGUACUCUGUGCUACGCCUUUGACGACAACUUCGUGCCGACGAAGCGCCCCCCGUCUCCUCCAUGUGCUUCGCUGACUCGGUCGGGCUCCACGUUGCCGUCUACGGCUUUCUUUGCUAUACCUUGGCAUCCUACCCCGACUCUCAUUCAGGUCUUCCGCCACCAACAACACCACCUCCGGCAGCAUCGCUGGUCAGUAUUUUCCCGUUGCGUUGUGUGCAAACCAUUCCUCGUCACUCAUCGCCGCUUGCUCCUCCUGCUCGAUGCCUUCCUCUCGCUUCCGACGUGCACAGACACCGUCUCCAACGCCGCUAACUACGUCAAGGAGACCGUCCAAGGUUAGUGCAAAACCAUAUUCAUUUGUUUGAACUUCCAAAGCAAAUGCUAACGCAUCACACCUACCCACAGAGUACACCUCGUGCGUUCCCCAUCCCGGUCUUCUUUCGUGGGAACAUCACCUCAUCACAACAUCGGGUCGAACUGAUAUUAUUUCUAACUCUACAGCGCAUCCUCCAAGGAGGCCAACAAGCAGCAGAUGUGGGUGUCUCUUCCUCAGUCUCGCCGAUAGAGCGCAUACUCCAGCCGCUGACAAACGGCCCCUAUCAUGUCAACCACAGGAAGGACUCCAACCAGUCCCUUGGUGACCGUGCCUCGGCGUGAGCAGUGUCUUUUUCUCAUGACGCACGUGAUACAUCCGGGUAUUAAUGCAGAUCCCUUAUUCCGUCAACCAUAGCGGUUUGUCGGCCGCCUCGGACAAGAUCGAGGAGUCCGGCCACUCCGCCAAGGUGAGCUCGGUCAACGCGAUCAGCUCCAUGAGUGGACGGACCUUGAUGGCUUACUAUUAUUUCAUUCCAUAUUACGCAGGCCGACGCCCACAAGGAGACCGCCAAGCACUAA